UUUCCAAAUACAAAUCGGUAUCAGUAUCGACGUCAGCAAUACUGCUCCGUCUAUUCACUCGGUGUCAGAUCGAUGCCAAAAUGAGCAGUAUCGGCCUCUAGCUCUUAUGUAGCGAUGUCAUGUUUGCCUUCACACUGAUGAAUAUUCAACAUUUGAAAAUACCACGACGCGCUCUUAUCGAGCCGAUGAGGAAGGAGGGAGGAGAAAGGAGGCGGGGACACAUGGCGUCCGUCAUCGCUGCUGAAAGAGGAGGAGAGCAGGCAUCUCCAACUUGCGGCCGCCCUACAAACAUCACAAUGUGUCGCUGAGGACCAGCGGGCUGCACACAAGCGAGCGGACGACAAGAUCAGAAUCAAAGGAGUAAAAGGCGAGGAAAAAAAGGAGCGACAUGUUCGGCAUGAUCAAGAACUCUCUGUUCGGGAACACCGAGGAGACGGAGUACAAGUUGCUGAGCACCGAGACCAAGGAUGGAGUAAGCUUUGAAGUACGGCGAUACGACGCUGCCAAAUAUGCCGUGGUCUCCUCGGAGGGACGCACUUUCGACCAGGUGACAGGAGAGUUGGUGAGGAAGCUGCUCAUGUACAUUGGUGGCAGUAAUGAACAAGGCGAAUCGAUGGGAACGGCGGCACCAACCAUCAUCACUGUAUACCCCCGGAACGACGGUGUGCUAUCACGCCGUUUGGUGGUCGCCAUCCGUAUCCCCGCCAUCUACCAGCAAGGCCCCCCGACGCCUACCGACAGUGCCAUCAAGAUUGAGGAUCGGCCUGGCAUGACGGUCUAUACACUGCAGUUUGGCGGCUUCGCGGCCGAGAGCGAGUACCGAGCGGAGGCUUUGCGCCUGACACGCACUCUCGGGGAGACGGCGCCCUUCCAGCGAAAACAAUACUUCUGCUGCAGCUACGACUCGCCCAUCAAACCUUAUGGACGACGCAACGAGGUGUGGUUUAUACAGGAGGAGCCUUAGAGCUGUGGUUUAUUAUACAGGAGGAGCCCGAGUGGACUUCAGUCUCCUCCCACUGACACUCCCAACACUCUGCAGAGAGAACUCAUCCUUUUCUUUGGGGAAAUACUUAAUUACUAUAUUGUUGAAGACAUGUGUAGUGUGUAGUAUGUUUGUGAGUUGAAGUAAAAAAAUAUAUAUAUUAUACAUACACACACAUAUAUAUGUAUACAUAUAUACAUACACAUAUAUAAUAAUAAUGUAGAUGUAUAUUUACAUAUAUAUACAUAUUUGUAUAUAUAUAUAUAUAUAUAUAUAUAUACACA